UCUACUUAGUUACACGCAACGGCUAUAUAAUACCGGUAAAUAGCCAUUAGCCACUUGUACAACAACAUCGUCGAUUUUCCCAUUAUACCCUUCAGAGACUUUCCCUCUAUUUUUUCCUUUCACAAUCUUCUUCCCUCUCGGAAACACCGUACUUGGAAUUCUCUGGUUCUCUUCUUGAUGGAUCCUCCGACAUUGAAACCCAACCAGCUAAGAAACAUCCUCGUCCGCCUCCUCACCUUCGGCGUCCUCGUCCUCGCCGUCCGUUUCGCCUACGUCAUCACCCUCGCCGGCGAGUCUUGCGGCUACAACGACUUCUGCUUCUUCCCCGACCACCUCAGACUCCGAGGCCGCGCAUCGUUGGACCAAAACGCCGCCGUUUCGGGGUCCAAAGAGCCACGUGGCGUCGAUCUCUGGACGACCAAGAAGUGGCUCAGAACGGUGGAUUACUACUCCGCGAUUUUCCAAGAACUCAUUGCCGAGGGCUUCCUCGCCCCCAAUUCCAAGGCCCUCUGCGUCGGGACCCGCGCCGGAGAGGACGUGCUGGCACUUAAAGAAAACGGCGUCGUUAAUUCAAUUGGAAUCUCAGGCACCGCUUCUCCGCCGUUGAUCCUCCCCGGGGCCCCCCACCGCCAGCCGUUCGAUGAAGCCAGUUUCGACUUCGAAUUCUCCGCCAACGGCUCCCUGGACCGGUCGGGUCGACCCGCGGAUUUCGCGAACGAGGUCUGCCGGACCCUCAAACCGGGAGGGUUCUUCGUGGCCCAAAUCUUCGCCAAAGACAAUUACAGCUUCAAUUCCUUUCUCGAUUUGUUCAAUUGCUGCAGACUCAUCCGCACCCGCGACGUCGACGGCGUCGAUACGACGUCGGUUCGUGAGGUCGUGCUGAGAAAAGAGGCGCAAUUUCUCAACCCCAGAAAACUGGGGCUCGGUGGCAAUUCCAGUAAAAGGUGCUUAAUUCCGGGGUAUAAACGGGAAUUGAUCCGGAAAGCAGAGCCGUUGAUAGAGCAAGAGCCACUGAAGCCGUGGAUUGCUUGGAAGAGAAACUUGAAGAAGGUGAAGUACUUGACUUCAAUGGCGGACAUUAGCUUUAAGCAGAGGUAUGUUUACAUUGAUGUUGGAGCUCGUAGCUAUGGGUCUAGUAUAGGAAGCUGGUUCAAGAAACAGUACCCAAAACAGAGUAAGAGCUUUGAGGUUUAUGCAAUUGAGGCUGAUAGGGUUUUUCAUGAGGAGUAUAGAGAUAAGGAAGGGGUGAGUCUUGUGCCUUACGCUGCUUGGGUGAGGAAUGAGACAUUGUUCUUUGAGAUUACAAGGGAUUCGGGUUCGAAAGAUGUGGAGAUGUCUAGAGGAAUAGGGAGGAGGAUUAAUCACAAUGUGAGGAGUUCUUCGAGUUAUGGGGAGGAGGUGGAUAAGAUUAAGGGGAUUGAUUUUGUGGAGUGGUUGAAGAGGAGUGUUUCGGAGAGCGAUUUCGUGGUGGCGAAGAUGGAUGUGGAGGGGAGUGAGUUUUAUUUGGUUCCGAGGUUGAUUGAGAGUGGAGCCAUUUGCUUGAUUGAUGAGGUGUUUAUGGAGUGUCAUUACAAUAGGUGGCAGAGGUGCUGUCGCGGUCAGCGGAGCGCCAAGUUCAAGAGGAGUUAUGGUCAGUGCUUGGAGCUGUUCACUAAGCUCAGAGACGCUGGAGUUCUUGUGCAUCAAUGGUGGUGACUGAUAUUGUACUCUGUUGAAGUAAAUUGUUGCUUCAGAUUGUACUACUUAUUUUGGCUCAUAAUGCUUGGGUACUUCUGGCUUAGAAAGUAGUUCGGCACUUGUGUCACUAUUAGGAGAUGAGGAGAGCUACUCACUCUUCCCUACAGUAUAAGUAUUACUAUGCUGGAGUGUAAAGUGUAUAUACUCUUCAGAUUGGAGUGCUAGAGUGCAGUGGGACAAUUUCCGAUUGCGUUCAUGCUCCCUUAAAAACUUAUCAUAUUUGAUGAGCAGCAUGUUUCGAGGAAGCUUCUCUGGAAAUGAUGUUUUCCAUUGUCUAAGGGAGUUGAAAAGCAUUUCCUUUCAAGUGCAGCAUGUUUUGAGAAAACGCAAAAGCACACUAAGAUGCCUUUUUUAGCAUUUGAGGAUUUGUACCGAAACAGACUUGGAAGAGGAAGGUUCUCAGAUAGAUAAUCCUACUGGUGUAAAGCACAAAAAACAUAAAGAAAGUCAAAGUAUGAUGCAGCUCUUGGGUCUGGGAUUGGGGUAAAAAGCAAUAUUUGCACAUGAACAAAAGAAGCACAAGCAGCGCACUUAGUGUUGCAUACAUGUGGAGGAUCUAUGGAAUAAUGUGAUGAUAUGUACACCAGGUUCAGGAAAAUGUGGUUGGAACAUGUUAAUUUCAAGGAGGUUGUUAAGAAUUGUUGGCUCUCUGCACCUUCUUAUGGUUGCCCCUUCACCGUUCUUCAACACAAGUUGUGUGUUUUGCGGAAAGCUCUUAGGAGUUGGAAUUGGGAGGUGUUUGGUGACGUGCACCGUAGGGUGGAAAAAGACCAAGAAGCUUUGGCAAAAAUUCAAAGUGAUAUUGCUGCUUCUGGUGGAACAGAAGAUGAUUUUGCUGAAGAGAAUGAGCUACAAGCAAACUUAUCAGAAUCUAUUCGCAUGCAGGAAAGUUUUUGGAAAGAAAAAGCAAGGUUGAAAUGGUUAUCAUAAGGUGAUCGUAAUUCUUCUUUUUUUUUCAUGCGAUGUGUAGAGCGCGUCGUAAUCGCUCUUCUAUUACCUUGCUUCGAGAUGGUGAUCAGGUUCUUGAUGAUCCUCACUCUAUUCAAGAUCAUGUUGUUGGUUAUUGUACUUACAUAUAUAGGCAUUUGCAAGCAUAAUUAGCUAUAAUGAGCCACGCUCAUGCUAUCGCCAGCGGUACAAACUCCCACCAAAGGUGUGACCUACGGAAACACAGCCAGGCGGGCUACCGCCCAAGCCCCGGCUCACCCCUAGAUUACCGCUGACGCGCAGCCACGCGCCGCGCCAAGACAACGGCAGAAGCUCCAGAAGCUGGGGACUAAAGCACAUCAGUCCCACAUCGAAAACAUGGAGAAACUUAGCUCAUUCCUCACCUAUAAAAGGUAGCGGAAGCUUUGAGAACAUCACAAGUAUCGGUCCGCCCAUCGGACCAACGUUAACAAAGGUUUAGUUACCGCUGAACUUUUAGACAUUAACAUUGGCGCCGUCUGUGGGAACCUUGAACAAAAGGCCAUCCCACCACAUCCACCAUGACUAACGGUAGCAGGGGAAACGCGGAGGAACAAGCGGAUCAAUCCACCAACCCCCACCCCACCAACCCAGCGACUAACGUCAACCCCGCAGUUAAUGUUAAUUGUGCACUGUUCAGCACGCCUGAUAGGAGCAUAAUUAUGCGAUAUUAAUAGCGUUAAUCUCUAUUCUUUCUUUGUUAGUUUAGUGUAUUUUCUCAUUAUUUACGUUGUUUAUUUGUUUUAUAGGUAUUUUGGAGCAAAGAAGGAGAAAAGAAGUAAAAGAGGGAUUGAAAAGCAAAAUCGGGAAAUCUGCCUGUGCAGAUCAAUUAACUUCGACAGAGCACUGAGACCAUCUCAGAACGAUCCAGAGGAUGAUCUUUAUAUUGAUGGAUAGCCUCGGAUGUCUAGUUUCCGAAUAUUUUUACGGCUCAUCAAUAUCAUUUUUCUAGAAGAAGUUAUGGCCGAUUUAGUACAAGAAGGUCAGGCUGCGCGUGAAUCUGAGGUUGGACGGGAAUUUAUGUUUCGAGGCCCAAAUCACACCGAGAAGCCCGAGGACGAGUUUGUGCUUCAUAUUUCAGCUUAAUAUAGACAAAUGGCAUGAUGUGAAUGGUUCGAAUGAGUCAUCAAGUUCAAGAGCCAAUAGGAAAACUCCA